AUGAUUCAGGUGAGCAACACACUCGUUGGUGUACUCAACUUCCUGACCCUCCUCAUAUCCUUUCCCAUCAUCGGAUCCGGCUUAUACUUCCGCCUCAAUUCUGCCACCCAAUGCGAGGAAUUCCUCUACCUCCCCCUCCUCGUCUUGGGCAGCUUCCUCUUUGUGGUCUCUGUCCUCGGCCUGGUCGGCUCCUGCGCACGCCUCUCCUUCUUCAUGUGGCUCUAUCUCUUCGUCCUCUUCGUCCUCAUCCUCGCCAUGAUCGUCUUCGCCAUCCUUGCCUUCGUGGUCACCAACAAGGGCGUGGGAGAGACGGUGGCCGGGGUGGGCUUCAAGGAGUACAGGCUUGGUGACUACAACGAUUGGCUACAAAAGAUGGUGGCGGAUUGGAAGACGUGGGAGAAAAUCAUCGAUUGCCUCACGGAUGCCAGAGUUUGCGGUGGCUUUCAGCAAUUGGUGGGUCUGCAGGCGAAUGAAUUCUUCAUGAAAAAUCUCUCUCCCGUCCAGUCGGGCUGCUGCAAGCCCCCAACGGUCUGCGGAUACGUGUACCAGAAUGCCACUUUCUGGACAACCCCGGCGACGGGGCUCAAAUCGACGGACGCGGAUUGCCAACGGUGGAGCAACGAGGAGAAGAAGCUGUGCUACGAGUGCGGGUCGUGCAAAGCAGGUGUGCUUGCGACCAUCAAGAGCAGGUGGAAAGAGGUGUCUAUCUUUAACGUUUGCCUCAUUGUGUUUUUGAUCCUCAUCUACUCGAUUGGGUGUUGUGCUCGGCGCAACAACAACACCAAGCGAUACGAGCAGUAUUACCGUGGCGGUGGAUAUCGCUGA